AUGUGCAACCGAUUCACCUACAUGUCAAGAAUCGCAUGGCUUGUGAAGCGUUCUGAGAUAAUCGGAGUGCUGCCUAGCACCAGUCUCCAGGACUUGCGCCCGGGCACGAAACUUAGGAUGGCGAGAGAGGCGGAGAAAGACCUUAUUGUCGCCACAUCCACCUGCGCACGCACGCGCGUCGAUGCAGUGGCUAACGUAUUGCGAACUUUCAAGGUCACUAACUCGCUCCAACCAAUCAGUGUGGCGUUAGGCUCGCUAAUAGACGCCUGUGUCUCGCCUGCUCAUGCAUGGCCUUCCCUCGAGAGUGGGCUCUAG